AUGGAAUGGACCAAUGGGACACAAGGAAGCAACAGGAGACUUGGUAGGGAAGGCCUCCAUUGUCAAAGGGGUUCCAAGUUUAGCCAAGAAGAGGACCAAGCUCAGGAGCACACAGCAGGUUACCACACAGGGGGACAUGCUCUUGAUCACAUAAGAACCAGUCUGCUAGACACAGGUGAUUACUGGUCUGAUGAAUCAGGCAGCGAUGACACAAGCAAGGAGAGCGCUUCCUUGGCAGCAGGGAGCCAAGCUGAUAGUGAGGAGAGCAAACUCAUCAAAUGUUCAGGUUGUGUCAAGGUGACAACAGCAAAGAAAGUGGGAGGCAUGCAUGUCUUCAAGAAGCCUAAGCUUCAUGCCAGGGCUUGCAAGAUUCUGGCUGCCAGGCACUGUGGGCCAUGUGAAAGAUGCUUGCAGGUCAGCAUUGACUGCAUGCCUGCUGACUCUGGCAGCUACAAGGUAAAGUGCAAGCCUUGCAACUGCAAGUCCCAUCCCCCCUGCCACCACAAGUUCUGGCUGGAUCAGUCUCUAGUUGCAAAGUGGGAUGGGCUUGUCAGCCAGGGCAAGGCUCAUGUAGUUGCUGAUGUCAUGGUCUAUGGCAGCUCAGCAGUCUUUGGCCACCCACAAUAUGACAAGGGAUAUAGAGCUUCACCCCAAAGACCAGAGCCUUUGCAGAGCAAUAUCAAUUCAGCUUACAGAAGCAUUGAUAUUGCCAAGGGAACAGAUGCAGAAGCUGCCCUGGAAAGAAUCUCCACAGCAGCUAAAGGGCUUGUGGAGCAUUUUGGCAUCAACAACUGCUCUGAAGAGUCAAAGGAAGAGGCCUGCUUAGAGGCUCUGGAAGGUUUUUGUCACAGGACCUGUGCAGAAGAUCAGGAUAGGACACAAGGAAGGGUCUCACAUACAAAAGGGGUUCUGAGUUUAGCCAAGAAGAGGACCAAGCUCAGGAGAACACAGCAGGUUACUUAUGUUUCGCCUAAACAUAACCAAAUGUUGCUGCCUGAGGUUGUGCAGCAUGGACACUGGUUGUUGGUGAAGGAUGGGAGUUACUGGACCACAGGUGUGUCAAGCAACACUGCCUACAGCAAGGGACUGGACCACAAGUGUUGA